AUGAAAGAAGCCGAAUCUUCUCUUCUCGACUCCUCCUGGUCCUCUCUUGUAAAACACGCCCCUCUGCUCCGCCUCAACGCCCUCGACUUCUCCGACCUGUGGGAUGAUGAGGAUCUGGAGCUGGACAGCACUGAUGAAGACUCCUCCCAAACAUCGGCCAAUCAGACUGCAGCCAUACCCCUCGCCCCGCCCCCGCCCCCGCUGGCCCCGCCCCUCUCUGCAGCUAGCGAGUCUCCGUCAGGAUGUCGUACUCUGAGGCUCCACUGGAGCGCGCUGCUGAGUCUGCCGUCUCUGCCGAGAGUGGGCCGCUUCGGGCUCCAGUCCAUCUGGGCCGGUCUAGAACCAGUUCAGCUGGACACCAACAGACUGGAAUACCUGUUUGAGAGCAAGCGCACCAGCAGCAGCGCCCUCUGCAGUCUGAUGGGGGCACGACAGAAGCAGCCGUGUGUGUGUGUCCUGUGUGUGAAGCGCAGUAACAUCAUCACUAUCGCUCUGAGCAGUCUUCCUCCGGCUCACCUGCUUCCUCCUGCCAUACACAGCAUGGACAACACCGUACUGGACAGAGAAGACCUCCAGAGGUUACAGAUGCUGGUUCCCACUGAAGAGGAGCUGAAUCUGAUCAAGGAGGCGAAGGCUCGGGCCCCGCGCUCUCCUCUGGGCCCCGCAGAGCAGUGUCUCCUGAUCCUGGGCAGCGUUCCUCAUCUGAGCGUCAGACUGCAGCUCUGGGCCUUCUCUCUGGACCACGACACACUGGAGAGAGAAAUCGCUGAGCCGCUCUUCCACCUGAAGCUUGCCAUGGAGCAGCUGGCGGCCAAUCAGACGUUUCGCUGCAUACUUGCGACUGUGCUGGCCGUCGGUAACUUUCUGAACGGCUGUAAGGCCAAGGGCUUUGAGUUGAGUUACCUGGGCAAGCUCUCUCAGGUGAGAGACACACACGGCCGCCAGCCUCUGCUUCAUCACGUUUGUGUGUUACUGCUCCAGCUUUACCCACAAUCCUCUGAUCUCUACUCCGACAUCACUGCGGUCACUAAAGCCAGCAAGUGUGACUACACACAAGUGCAGACGAAUCUCUCGCAGCUCGAAUCGCUUUGCAAAGCAUCCUGGGAUCAACUCCGACUACUUGAGAAGGAUGGGAAGAAGAAGAAAGGUGGAGGAAGGAAAGAGGAAGGUGGAGAAGAGGCGGCGCUCCAUCAGAGGCUCACACAGUUUCUGAAGGACUGUGAGGAGAGACUGAAGGUGCUCCGAGCCGUUCACCGCAGAGUCAUCAACAGAUUCCACUCGUUCCUGCUGUUCUUGGGUUAUUCGCGCAGCAUGGUGAGAGAAACGAGUGCGGAGGUGUUUUGUAAGACCGUCAGUGACUUCGCUCUGGAGUACAGAGCCACUCGCAGUGCUGUGCUUCAACAGAGGGAGAGAGAGAAGGAGAAGAAGAACAGCCAAAACACACCGAAACUCAGACCCAGACUCCAACAGAGCCCAGCUCACGAGAAUCAGGAGCAGGUGAAACUGGAAGAGGUUUUGAAGACUCCUGAAACACCGUCGACGUCAUCUUUCCACUUUGACUUCACUCUUCCACGACAACGCAGCAAGACAAGCGACAAGAAAGGUUGUCCCUCCCGAAAGCUGAAGUGGUGAUCUCCAGUCCUUAUCUCAGCAAAGAGUGUAGCUCAUUGUUGACACGUUAGCUUGUUAACUUUGAUAAUGGAAGAAAAACUUGAAAUAACAUUUUUUUUUUUUUUUAAUGUUGGUAAGUUAGCAGCUGUCACAAAUAUUUGUAACUUUUUUGGUUUUGAGUCAAAAGCAGAGAUUUUGCAUGUUAAAUCUUUGCUGUUCAUUAAUUGUUUUGUUUCAUUAUUAUAAUGCUUAAUGUUUGCUGAGAAACAGUGUGACAACUUACCCCAUAUAUUGUGACCACAUCCCAAUGCUUGACUUGCUUACUUUGUGUUUUAUAUAUAACAUUAACGGUACCGUUGUAUAAACUACAACAAACUGUCAACAGUUUAGCAUUCUUCUUGCCAUAAUUUCCUGUAGUGAUUUAGAAUUUCAAAUAAAUUAUGUUUAUUGAUAAUAUUGUGAUUCGCAUGAAAUGAUCAAUGGCUUUGUUUCAAAUAUAUUUUCAGUAACCUUCUUAGUUUAGUUUAGUUUAUAUUUU